UUUGUUGCUUUCAUUUUCAACUCCGUAUUUAUCUGGACAGGAAUAUUUUCAACUAAGUGAUGUUUUCUACUAACAACCUGGGUUUUUUGUUAUUCAUUUUUAUAGUUGUUAGAAGCAGCUUUUAUGUGUAGACAGUGAGACAACUAGUUGCAUUAUUUUGCUUAAACAUGUAGAGAAGAAAAUCCUCUAAAAUACUGUUACUAUCAAAGAACUAAAAACAUUUGCUGAGUCUUGGGUUUGAAUAACUAAGCAAAUUAUUAAAUCCAAGGUUCAUCGGAUGAAGUUAUGAUAUUAUCAGUAUUUAAGAGGCUUUUAUUUAAUUACUAUUUUUUAAAAAGCAUACAAAUCUACUUAUAAUAGUAAUACUUAUACUAAUGCAGGUUUGAGAUUUUAGAUUUGCCUGUACAGUAUAGCAUAAACAUUAAGAGCAGCAGGACCCUGGUUUUAUGGGAUUAUUACACCUGGAAAACCUGACAAACAUCAUGAAAUUCACUGAAAUUCUCUUCGUUAUAUUGACUUUAUCCCUGGGAACCUACGCAGGAGGAGACAUCCCUCUCCAGGUGACUGGCCGUGUAGGGGAGACUGUCACACUGACACCCCGUCUGAAUCUCACACAUCCCAUUGAUACAGUCACAUGGAUGUAUCAUAUCAAUGGGAAGAGAACAAUCCUGGCUGAAUUCAGAGAGCAGAAGUUUAUCAGAGUGAAUAAGAAUUAUUUCAUCAACCGCCUGGAAGGAUCUAACAGUGGAACCUCAUUACAGAUCAGAGAGCUGAGAAUGGAGGAUAGUGGAGUCUUCACUGCACAGAUUAAUGUUAAUGAAGAAAUAAGAGACAUAUCCUAUAAUCUCACUGUAUAUGAGUCUCUCCCUCUCCCUACACCAGUUAUAAAUAAGACAUUAGAUGAGAAUUCCACUGAUCUCUGUCAUCUUCAUUGUUCUGUCCCAUCCAACUCAACAAGUGUGUCCUACAGUUGGAUCUACAGAGAUAAAGACACUGACAUACUAUAUGCAAAUGGCAGCACAAUCAGUGUAUCACUGAAGGAUAAGACAUUGGGGACACAAUUUAUCUGCUUGGUACAAAAUCCUGCUCAUACCAACAAUGUGUCAGUCCUUUUAUAUCCAUGUGAUGAGACACAAACAAAAGCAAAUCAAAGAUAUUAUUUUGCACUCUUAAUAAUCACCAUUUUGGGGAUUUUGAUAUUUGUAGUUGGAACUUUAUAUUGUUUCAGAAGACGCAUAAAAAAGUGUAUAAAAACUCCUAAAGAAAAUGUUACAUACAGUGACUUUAAGGAGUUUCCUAAGAGAAUUAUGAAUCAGGGCAACGCACCUAUGAAUGGUCACUGUAACAUGGCAUGUAACCGAAAAAGUGAAGAGGCAGAAUAUGCCCACCUUUCUGUGAAUAUUGAAAUUAAUGUGAAGGUGUAGUUGAUCAACCACAACAAAUGAAUGGUGUCAAAACUCCAAGCACAAUCAACGAAAAAAAUCAAUGUCUCCACUGUCUGACUCAGUGGGCUUCUCAGAGUAUCUGGGGAAUAGUGGGACCUAGUGCCACAAUUGUGAAUAGUUCUGAUCCUACCUUUUUUCUGAGCAACUGGAUUAUGUUAUGGCUAUACUAAUGACUUCUCCAUUCCAAAUACUGCUGGCUGCAUAUAAUAUACACUUAGGCAAGUCCACAAAUCUGUUUCUUCUCUGGGUUGAAUACAGGACCUGUUGUAUCACUGGAGUUUUCAGUCAGACCCUUGACAGUCUAUAAGGGUAUCUUGCCAUAUUUUGCAAGCCUAACAUACUUGUGUAUGUGUGUGGAAAAAACAUACAAUGAUCAAUGUAAUAAAGAACAAUUGUAUCAGCCCUACUUUAAAUUGCAUGGAACCUGUGCAGGCCUAUUGGCAGCAGACGAAACUGGAUCUUCCAAAUUGCAGCAUCAAUAUCUUCAAGAUGCAGAGAACACUGCUCCCAAUCACAAGGAUACCGUAUGCUCACAGUGAGAACUAAUUACAGGGCAAUAAGGUGGGUGGCACGUGCAAAAUACAGGCAGCAGAGUUGGGUGAUAACCCUAAACCAUAUUCAUAAUGAAUUUGUAAUCACUCACCUCAACGCUAUUGUUUUUUUUUUUUUUUUAAAUGUUUUUAAAAUGAAUUGCCAUAACUGUUAAUCAGGAGCAGGUUUGUAUGGUUCCCUUAAAUAUUCCAUAUGUCAAUAAUUUAAUGUGUAAUUUUACAUUUUUUUAAUUGAUCUCUUGUUUAGUGCCAUGUCAAAGGGAGUGAUCCAGAUUACAAUUCAGAAGGUGGUCAAA